CACAAUUCAUUACUAAAACAUACACGUGAAUAUUGAAUUAAGUUAAAUUGCGCUCUUUAAUUGAAUGAAACCCAAAAAAUAUGUUCUUUACAAUCGCAGUUGUUUGUGUUAUUCUUGCUUUAGCUACUUUUGGAUUUUAUUACUAUAAAUACAGAAUAGCAAACAAGAUUCAAGCCCCGAAAGAUGUUGUGGUUCUGUACCAGGUUGGUCGGGGACCGCGUGCACCAAGUUUCUCACCAUUUCCGAUGAAGCUAGAAACUUUUCUUCGGAUGGCAAAAAUACCGUACAUAAAUGACCACGCGGCACGUUUCUCGAGUAAAGGAAAGACUCCUUGGAUUGAGGUGAAUGGUCAGGCCAUCCCUGAUAGUCAGUUUGCCAUCGAGUUUAUAAAGAAAAAGUUUGGAGUGGAUUCAAACAUCAACUUGUCUGAGGAUGACAAGGCUGUAGCGAGAGCGUUCUUAAAACUAACUGAAGAAAACCUGUAUUGGACUAUGUGUAUAGAGAUGUUUGGUGAUAAUCUUGAACCCGUGAAAACCGUGAUACCAUACAGAGGGUUUAAACUCUGGCUGACCGUGACAUUGCUGCGCAGAGCAUUGGCUAAACAGACUUGGGGACACGGUAUCGGUCGGCAUUCAAAAGAUGAAGUAUGGGAUGUAGCAAUGCAGGAUAUGAAUGCCCUUUCAAGUUUUUUAGGUAGCAAGAAGUUUUUGAUGGGCGACGAACCGUCAGAAGUGGACUGCGCAGUGUUUGGUAUGAUAGCUCAAAUAUACUGGCACAUGCCGGGGUCUAGACACCAGGUCUAUCUUAAAGAAAAUUUGUCAAAUUUAGUGGACUACAUAAAUAGGAUGAAAGAGCGUUUUUGGCCUGAUUGGGAAAACGUGACUUUAGAGGGAACGGGAUACAGAUCGGAUCAUGGUGAGCUGCACGUGCCGGAACAGAUGAAGAAGCUGAAUGGACUGUCAGAUUUUUCUCGUGAGAACGGCAAGGGAUGACCUACCAAAAAUUAUCGCACUUUCUGCAGUGUAAAUCGGUUCGAGAAACCUACACUUACAACAAUGUUCUGUAUAGUAUCAGUUAACUAAUCAACUGAUAUUUUUAAAAUGUUGAGAUAAAAAUACAAGUAGACCUAUUAAUGUAUAAAUCCAGUUAUCCUGUCAUGUGAGGACAACAGAAAAAUAAAUGUAUUUGUUUUA